CCCACUGGCGUUUGCCCGCUCCACACGAAAACUGUCAUGGCUUCGUGUUUCGUCCUCGUUCUGUCAGUAGCGGAGAAUGUCUUUACCAGGACCGACCACAGCACGUAACCAAUCUGAGCUUGACAGUCGAGCCGCCAGUGGUAUUACAGUAAAAAGAAUGUAUGACGGUUAGCCUCUGUAUUCUCGGAUUUAUGUUUGCGUAGUAGCCCGUUUCGCGUUUUUAACACGAUUGUCGUCAGGCUCGUCGAGCUUAGUAGUUCAGAUACAACGAUUCGCUAUGGCCGACAAGCGGAAGAAGAAGUGUGCACUACCCACCGUCCCUCAUUUCGUCAUUGUCCUCCUCGCUAUUAGUACACUAGAAUAUCCACCCUUCGCCAGCGCGUUCAACCGUGACACUUACUUCCAACAUUCGCGCCAAGGCUGGGCCUCUGACAGCAUCGGGAAGCUCGCGACUAAUAGAGAUAGCAUCUCCGCGACACCUCAUAGCAGCGAGGGCUUGACGUCGACUACCCGUAGCCAUGGCGUGAGGCACGAUCUGCUCGAGCGACCAGCGACGCUUGCUGUGUCAGGAGCGCCGCCUCGACGAACGCCGGUUACGCUCGACCCAUCGCAGCUGACCGCCCUGUUGGCUCUGAAUGCCGCGUGGCGCCUGUGGCCGGGUAACGGCGGAAGGUCGACGGCGUGCCAGCAGUGGGCCGGCGUCAAGUGCAACCUGCAGGGCAUGGUGACUGCGCUGGUGUGGGAUGGGAGCAUUGCGCCUACACCCAUCGAAACACCCAUUCCUGCCGCCAUUGGCGCGUUCACUGCGCUUUCCAUACUGGACCUCUCCUACAACGUCAUCAAUGGCUCCAUUCCAGUGCGCGCCUUCCAGCAGCUCAGGCAGCUGCGGAUACUGGAUCUGGCUGAAAAUCAGCUCAUUCCGCCCUUUCCUGCCCACGCGUUGCAGCACAUGACGGGACUUCGAGUGCUGAACCUGCGCUGUGCAGAGUUCGAACUAAACACCACGCUCGAAAUUCUUGGCUACUCACCGUCCCUCCAAUACGUGUACAGUGCACACACACGGCUGCUCCUCAUUUUCUCACCUGUCCGUCUCGUUAUGAGACCCGCCUACCCACCUCUGCUUCCACGCACCAGUGACCUCACAAGGACCAGAGCUACUGGCGCCCUCCCUCCUUCACUCGCUGCUGCCUCCAAUCUCACAUACCUGGACCUGUCAGACACUGACCCCUCAGGGAAUGUCAUGGGUGUGGUCAGCAAGCUCACCUCCCUUACCUUCCUUGCCAUCAAGCAGGCCUAUAACCUCAUGGGGGACUUCACGUCCUUCUCCUCCCUCUCGAGCAUCUCCAGCCUGCAACAGCUGGAGCUGAAAUCUCUGCACAACGUGACAGGCCAGCUUCAAGACAUGACCUUCCUCACCUUGCUGUCUAAUUUGCGACAUCUGGAGUUUGCUGACAUGCGCGUGGAGGGGGAGCUUCCUGCCACCCUCAUUCUGCUCGACAAGCUCACCUUCCUGGACCUGAGCUACCUCUACUUCAACAACGUGCCUCUCUGGCUCGCAUCGUUCACCAACCUCCGCCAUCUCAUCCUCCCGGACAUGAGGAAUCUGCGCUCAGGCCCCGUGCCGCAGGACCUCUCCAGGCUCGUGCACCUUGAGGAGUUUGUGGCUACAGGAAAUGGUCUGGUUGGUUUCCUUCCGGACUCGUGGGCCUCCCUCACCGCCCUCACGUCUCUGGACCUGCAGCAGAACGGCAUUCUCGGCUCCAUUCCAGCAAGCUUCUCCAAGCUCGAGAGCCUCACAAAGCUGGAUCUGUCGAUAAAUGAAAUGAGCGGCUCACUGCCUGGCGUGUUCAGCCCAAGCCUCGAAGAACUGAUACUCAACGACAACAAGUUUGAGGGGUCUCUCCCUUCUGUGCUCGGAAACCUUCCAUCUCUCUCCAAUCUUAAGCUCAACAGCAACCGCUUCACUGGAACCAUUCCCAGGUCCUUCACAAAGCUCGAGGCCCUCACAGACGUCAUGCUGAGCUUCAACCAGCUGUCAGGAGGACUGGACGUCAUCGCAAGCAUGCCUCUCAUCAUCACCAUUGACAUUGGAUCCAACAACUUCUCAGGGUCACUUCCUCCUGAGUUCUCCAUGCUCGCCUCUCUUGUGGUGCUCACGGCAGCAAACAACAGCCUGUCAGGGGAGUUCCCCUCCGUGCUGCUGGAGCUCACCAUGCUCGAAGGACUCGACCUGGCAUACAACAAAUUCCAGGGCUCCGUACCGCUGGGUAUCACCGCACUCACUGGGCUUGCCGUUCUGCAUCUGGACCACAACCAGUUCUCAGGGGAGAUGCCCACCUUCCUCUUCCAGCUCAACCACAUGACAGAGCUCUUCCUCGCCUACAAUUACUUCCAAGGCAGCAUUCCGCAGAGUCUCGCAUCCAGUGGCCAACUCAGCAUGCUCAAUCUCGAGGGCAACUCUUUCAGUGGCCCACUGCCUGACUUCGCCCAGUGGAACACCAGCCUCAACGCUCUGUAUCUAGGGUUCAACGCUUUCACUGGCUCCAUCCCGGACUCGCUCUCUACAAUCACAACUCUCAACGUCAUCACUCUUCAGGGCAAUCAACUGUCGGGCAACAUCCCAUCCUCGCUCUCAGCGCUCACAGCCCUUGACACCAUAUGGCUGGCCAACAAUCAGCUCUCAGGCACUCUCCCCGACUUCUUUGCCUCCCUCUCUAACCUGCGACAGCUUCUGCUGGACGACAAUCAGAUCUCGGGCCUUCUGCCGCCCUCCUUCUGCAACCUCAAGCUCCUGGAAUACUUUGGCGCGCGCAACAACCGCAUGUACGGGCCGCUGCCGCGAUGCAUGUUUGACUUCUUGGGCUUCAACUACCUCGACCUGCGCAACAACUCGUUCUACGGCACCAUCAACCGCGACUUCAAGGGCAUGAACAACAACGACCUGAAGCUGAACCCCCGCCCCGCCGUCAUCAACCUCGCCUACAACUACUUCUAUGGGGAGCCCUUUGUGUACGCCGCCGGCAGCAUGGUGUGCCCCACGCCCUUGGUGCGCCAGAUCGACUACCGCGACCUCAAUGUCAUCGGGUCCACAGGAGGAGGGAAGGUGGCGGCAGACUCGGUGUCUGGAAGGCAGGAUUAUCGGCUGUCGCAGGCGUACCAGAAGGGCCAGGCGAGCCUGCUGCAGAACUGCCUGGCGGUGCGCGGCGAGGCGGGUUGCCUUGUGAACGAGACGCAGCGGCCCGCGCAGGAGUGCGCGGCGUUCUGUAGCGUGACGGACAACGGCCCGUGUAACGGGCUUGGGGACUGCGUGCCACUGGAGGGGGGGUCGGGCCAGCAAGGCUUCACGUGCCAGUGCAAAGCGCCCUAUGUGGCAGUGAACGGGGGCAAUGGCUCGACUUGCGCACUGCAGUCGUCCUCACUCUCAACAGGGGCCAUUGUGGGCAUCUCCGUGGGGUGCUUUGUGGGCCUCGCGCUCAUCGCCGCCGUGCUCGUCGUCAUGCUCAGGCCCAAGAAGAGACGGCGGUGGGACGACCUGGACGUGUGUCAGGAGUUUUCGCUCUCCACGAUGCGCAAGGCCACCAACGACUGGGCGGACGACAACGUGCUGGGGGAGGGGGGCUUCGCCGUGGUCUACAAGGGCGUCAACCCCACCACCGGCCAGAUGUGGGCCAUCAAGCGCCAGACUCUCAUGUCCAACGAUUUCGAAAUGGAGGUGCGGGCAAUGGCGAGCCUAAACCACACAAACCUGGUGCGGCUGCUGGGGUACUGCCUCGACAUGGAUGUGGAGAGUGGCAAGCAGGAGCAGAUCCUCGUGUAUGAGUUUGUGGCGAACCGGGACUUCCAGUACCACAUCCACAAGACAAAGCACCCCCUGACCCUGCGGCAGCGUCUGAAGCUGGCACUGGGGGCAGCUGAGGGGCUGGCGUACCUGCAUGGCUUCGCCAACCCCAUCAUUCACCGCGACAUCAAACCCGCCAACAUCCUCGUGGGGGACAACCUCACUGCCAAGAUCGCGGAUUUCGGGCUGCUGAAGACACUCAAGUUUGGCGACGAGACGGCCACCAAGGUAGCAGGCACGCCCGGCUAUGUGGACCCCGACUACAACCGCACCCAGAUGGUCACCACUAAGAGUGAUGUUUACAGUUUCGGAGUGGUGCUGCUGGAAAUGCUGACAGCGCGCAAGGUCACCAUGGGGGGCAGCUCUCACAUCGGCAAAUGGGCGAGCAAGAUGGUAGCAGAGUACACCCUGGACGACCUGAGGGACAAGGCGCUCGACAUCCCCGAGGAGGCCAUAGUGGAGUGGGCGGACUUGGCCCUCGACUGCAUCAAGGCGCCGGGCUCGCGGCGCCCCGAGAUGCGCGACGUGGUGCGGCGGCUGGACCACCUGCUGAUGUCAUACACCGUGGAGGAAGAGGGGGAGAACGAGCUGGGCAGUGGGGGGGGUGGGGGCGGUGGGCUGAACAGCCAGGCUGGGCCGAGCACGGGCAUUCCGUCGGGGAUCAGCCUGCCUUCUUCGGGGGUUAUGAGCUCGAUGCUCAACAGUGGGGUGCAGAGCGGUGUGAGUGGCAAGAGCGGGGUGUCCACUGCAAGCACUCGCUCCAAGCUGAUGCUAUCGGUGGCGUCGGCUCUGGGGAUGAGUGAGGCGGAUAUCAAGCCAGGGGAGGCGGGCAGGGAGGGGGGUGGGAAGGCAGAGGGGGAGGGGGGAGGGGAUGGGAGGAGCGUGGUGAUGAGGCUUGCACGGCGGGACAGCAACACGGAUAACAGCUUCAUCAAUGUGGACCAGCUGCAGGCGCGGUAGGGCGGAGAGAUGGGGAGGAGAUAGAGGGAGGAGAGACGGAAGCAGUGGGUGCAGGGUGGAAAGACAGGUGUUGGGUUGGCGGGUGGGAGGAGCGUGGGCAUGAGGCUCGCACGAGGGGAUAGUACGGCUAAAGGCUUUGUUAAUGUGGGGCAGCUGCAGGUGCGGUAGAGAGGAGAGAUUGGGAGGGGGGCACUGACUCUGACGCACAUGAGAGGGGACAGUACGGCUAACAGCUUCAUCAGUGUGCAGCAGCUGCAGGCGCUGUAGGGAGGUAACAUGGGGAGGGAAGCACUGACGCAUGUGAGAGGGGGCAGUACGGCUAACAGCUUCAUCAGUGUGCAGCAGCUGCUGGGGCGGAUAAGGUGCUGGUGACUGUUAUGGAAGCAGAGUGGUCAGGAUCCCAGACCAGACCCUACGCUGCCUAGCCUGGAUAGUUAUCUACCACUUUACAACCAGUCAUGGUUGUGCAUGUUACUGGAAGAAAUGAGUGUUGCGAACUACAUGCAGUACAUAUUGCAAU